GCAACGUACCGUGUUCCAGCCUCUGAUUGGUCCGCCGUGCGCUGUUUUGACCACGUGACAUGAGCGAUGGCCGCCUGUGACCGGAGUCGAGAUGGUCAAGACAGCAUCCUGGAGCCGCUGUGUUUCCCAGAGCCCCCCCUCGGCGGCCCCAGUGCUCCCAGUGCUCCCAGUCCGCCCGGCGACGCCCUGCUGGUGUGCCUGUUGUGCCCCGAGUCCGCCCCCCUGUGGCAGAACGACGCCCUCCUCAAACACCUGCUGCUGGAGCACCAGCUCGUCAUCGCCGACGUCAAGCUGGUCGCCGACCUCCCGAAGUACAUGUUGUACUGGAGGCGUCGCUUCCUGGAGCUGCCGCUCACGGACUUCUGCAGCGUCAUCAAGACGAACGCCAGCGGGCCGAUCGAGAAGCAGGAGAACUACUUCCUGCUGUGCGACGUCCUUCCAGAGGACCGAGUCCUCCGAGAGAAGCUGCAGCAGAAGCGACUGGAGGAGGUGCUGGAGCAGCAGCAGCAGGAGAGAGACGACGGCAGCUUCCGCCGCCUCUGCAUGUUCUGCAGCGACGAGUUCAGUGGAAACAGGUCGUCUCUGCUGAACCACAUGGCCCGAGAGCACUCCUUCAGCAUCGGGCUGCCGGACAACAUCGUCUACUGCCACCAGUUCCUGGACACGCUGCAGGCCAAGCUGGACAGCCUGCAGUGUUUGUACUGCGAGAAGACCUUCAGGGACAAAACCACGCUGAAGGACCACAUGAGGAAGAAAGCUCACCGCCGCAUCAACGCCAGCAACAGCGUGUACGACCGCUUCUACGUCAUCAACUACCUGGAGCUGGGGAAGAGCUGGGAGGAGGUGCAGAGCGAGGACGACCGAGAGCUGCUGGACGACGAGGAGGAGGACGAUUGGUCGGACUGGCGAGCUCGGCCGGUGUGCGCCGUGUGUCUCUUCUGUGACGACCAAUCGGAGACGAUGGAGCAGAUCUACUCACACAUGAAGGACGCUCACGGCUUUGACCUCCAUCAUCUGAGGACUGAGCUCAACCUCCACUUCUACCAGCAGGUCAAGUUGGUGAACUUCAUCCGCCGUCAGCUCCACCAGCGUCGUUGCUACGGCUGCCAGCAGCGGUUUGAGUCCAGAGACGGCGUCCUGCGGCACCUCGAGGUCGAAGGUCACGUGAUGACGCUGCCGGACGCGGCCACCUGGAACCAGCCGCAGUAUUACUUCCCGACCUACGAGAACGACGCCCUCUUGUGCUCGCUCUCCGACGACGGCGACGACGGCGACGUGCCGGUGAUCGCCGAGGACGUCUGUGACCUCAGAGCGCUGCAGCGGAGCAGCGUCCUCAGCCAGCUGCUGAGGAGAGGCGGGGCCUGCAGCUAGACGUGCACACGUCUGUGUACAACGCACGUGCACAGGCGUGUGCACGUACGUGCACCACGUCUUCUUUCCCCCACUGGCUCUGCAUGAAUCCCAUAAUUCCCUAAACGUGCACUUUAAAGCCACCCUUUGACCUUUGACCUCAAACAGCCAAUCAGGGCUGUCUGACUGUAUUAAAGCUCUCUAUCGCGUUAUGAAUGUUCUAUAAUUGUACUUAUUGUUCUUUCACGUUAAUUAUCAGUUCACCAGCAGAUCAAUAAAUGAUUGAACGUG